AUGAACCAAGACCUUGUCAUAGACUACGAAUCAGAUUGUUCAACUUUUUCAUUAGCAUUUUCACCCUUAACUCAUUCUAAUUCAAAUGAACCAUCAUCAACUCAUCAAACCAAAUCUACAUCCAACAUUCCAGACUUAAAACUAGCCAUCGGAUCUUACAUUGAAUCUUAUUCUGAAAACAAUGUGACAAUCCUAGGUCUUCAAUCACAUCCAUUCACCCACCAAACCCAACUAACUCCUAUAGCCAAAGCAUUACAUCCAUACCCUACUACUUCAAUUGAUUUCUCCCCAAUCAGAUUAUCGGAAUCUUUACAAGCUUCAAGUGGUACGAAUUCAUGUUUGAAAACUAGAGAGAUGUUGGCUACUAGUUCAGAAUGUAUUAGGUUAUGGGAUUUUGCUUAUGGUGCUCAUCAUCAUUCUUCGCAUCUUUCCGCUUUGGGUAACUUUGAUGGUUCUUCCGGGUCGAGUGGGUAUGUGAAUGAGAAUCAUCGAAAGAUUUCUCAAUCUUCGGGUUAUCAACUUGUCUUACGUUCUCAAAUGGCAAAUAGUAAAGCUGAUUAUUCUGCACCACUGACUUCUUUUUCUUGGUCACAACUUGAUCCAUCUUUAAUCGUCACUUCUUCAAUCGACACCACCUGUACAGUCUGGGACAUAUCCUCUUCAUCAGCCAUCACCCAACUCAUCGCCCACGAUCGAGAAGUCUACGAUGUAUGUUGGUCAACUUCAUCACGUGAGAUCUUUGCAUCUGUAGGGGCCGAUGGAUCGGUUCGGAUCUUUGAUUUAAGAUCUUUAGAUCAUUCUACAAUCUUAUUCGAAUCCAAUCCUUUACCACUCACUGCUCAAGCUCCGGCUCUCCUAAGGCUGAAAUUCAAUCCGAUCGAUCCUAAUUAUAUUGCUGUUUCUUCCGCUUCGGGUCAUGAGGUUCAUUUACUUGAUGUUCGAUCUCCUGGUGUACCUGUGGUUGAAUUAAAGGCUCAUGCUUCUGUUGUGAAUGGGUUGGCUUGGUCACCUGAUGGAAACUUAUUAGGAUCAUGUGGUGAUGAUUGUCAAGUAUUAAUUUGGGAUUUUAAUGGAAUUCCAAACCUAAUUGAAACAGGAACCACUUCAACCAUCCAUCCAAACCCAUCCCAAUCCCAAUCAACUCAAUCCCAAUCCCAAUCUACUCAAUCCCAAUCCAAACCCAACCAAACCCAAACCAACACAAGAAGCUCAAGUUCAACUACCACUCAACCCAAACUGAUGAGAGAUCCAUUGUUGGCUUAUGAUUCAGUACAAGAAAUCAAUUCGAUCACUUGGUCUGUUGCCUAUAGAGAUUGGUUAGCGAUUUCGAUGGGUAAGAAAAUUAAAUGUUUGAGAGUUUAA